GGGAAUCGGCGCGCUCCUGCGACACAUGCGCACACCCGCUGUCCCGAAGGUCUGGAACGCCACGCGGACGAUGGCGGACCUGGGUGAGGCGGACGAAGCGGAAUUGCAGCGCUUGGUGGCGGCAGAGCAGCAGAAGGCGCAGUUCACCGCACAGGUGCAUCACUUCAUGGAGCUCUGUUGGGAUAAAUGUGUGGAGAAGCCAGGGAAUCGCCUGGACUCUCGCACUGAAAAUUGCCUCUCUAGCUGUGUGGACCGCUUCAUUGAUACUACUCUUGCUAUCACCAGUCGGUUUGCCCAGAUGGUACAGAAAGGAGGACAGUAGGCCAUUCCCUGGAAGAAUGACAGAAGAAGCAAAGGACUUGUUAUUAAACAGAUUGAAGGGCUAGUGGGGGCAAAUUGUUAACCCACUGCCAUGUCAACUUCAAGCUAUUACCAAGCCUGUUGGUGCUAAAAAGUAACAGAUCAAAUGUUCAGAAGUGAAAUUUAUUUGGAAUUCAGAAAUUCCAUACUGUUAUCACAAAAGUUACUCAAUAAAUGUGAAUUCUCCAAACUUUU